AAAUCACACAAGAAGAAGAAGGAGAAGAAUUGUGGGAUAGAAAUUCACAGAUAUGGCGUCCCGUGCGCUCGCGUACUGCAUGCGCUCCUUCGCCCGCUCCACUGCAAGGUUAAAUCAUGGCAAUGCGUUCACAAGAUACGCUUGCGCACCUCUCGUGUCAAAGCAGCGAGCGCUCGGUGUCACUCCGUGCAGCCAGCGGACGAGGUGGACUGAACUAGUGCGGAUUUCAGGUCCCUCUGUUCAUCUGUGUCGGCAUUACGGGGAUCUUCCUCCCCUUACUUUAGGGAACAUUGAAGAGCGUGUCAUGUACGUCCUUAAACUGUAUGACAAGAUCAGUCCAGAGAAGCUGCAAACAUCGUCUCACUUCAUGAAAGAUCUGGGGCUGGACAGCUUGGACCAGGUGGAGAUUAUAAUGGCUAUGGAAGAUGAGUUUGGAUUUGAGAUACCAGACGCAGAGGCUGAGAAGCUUAUGACUCCUGCGGAGAUCGUACAGUACAUCGCAGAUAAAAAAGAUGUGUAUGAAUAGAAGCAAGUCAUAUGGUAUGAAUUGUCUCUGAAUUAAUAUGAAUGUUUGGCUGCAUCCACACAGUGUCCAGUUUCUGUCAAAUCAUUUUCUUCUGUCUCCUGCUUGUGGAGUCAGCUACCUUGUCAUGUACUGUUGUAUUUAAUAAAAAUGGAACUAUAAACUCAUUGUAACUUGAGCUGCAAAUAAAGCCAUGACUAAAUUGUAA